ACACAAAGCACUAAACAUUUUCUAAAAAUGAAGAUCAAAAAUAUUGCAUCAUUUUCACUUGUUAAAAUCAGUCAUUGGAUUGGACCUGUUACACCCGUAUCAUAUCAUCAGACAAUUAUUCGAGCGAUUGAUUGUCGACAAUCUAGUGAUUAUCGUUACGAGUUUAUAAUUCGAACAGUAAUCAUGUUAUACACAGGUUUAGUAGCUGCUUUUUUAGCGUUAUUUAUUGAUCGAACCGAUCUCUAUUUGAUGCGGCUAAUACACGAAAGCUUUAUCUUUAAGCUGGGUUUUCACCCAAAGUUCGGAAAAAUAAUGUUCUCAUGUCACGUGUUGGUUAUCAUGUUUGGUUUGUUUAUUGUAUAUGUCCGUUAUAAAAUGCCGUUAAGCGAGAAGGGUGAAAUACUCAUACGAGAAGUUUUCACCAUCUAUUACAACAAAGGAAAUAUUGAUUCAAAUGGGCGUGGGCAUCUCAAAGACUGUGAUCCAGUGACAUUGAAACGUUUGAAACAAAUUGUCCAGAUUGGCGAAUUUCUCAUGCGAUUUGGUCCCAUUCUCUAUGGAAUUGUGGCCACAUCUUAUUUAUUGGUCUUGACAUAUCUAGAGAGCAUCCAGCCACCAUCUAAUGUUGCGGUUAUCAUUUUCGAUUACAUGAUUGUAGUGAUUGGAACAAUUACAGGCCGAUCGAUUGUUUCGGCUGCUAUUUGUAUCAUAUUCUCCUAUCUAACUGAAUUGAUUUUUUUCCAAUAUCAAUUCAGUUACUGGAAUCACGUUCUAAAUAGGAUAAACAAACAUAAAGAUCAUAUGCCACCAAGGUGGUGUCGGCUAUUAUUGCAUUCAUUUUUGCAACAUCAUGACUUUAUGAUCAAAUGGUUAUUCGCUGUCAAUAACCAAAUUAAUUUUAUAUACUGCUAUGUGUUUGUAUUCUUAUUCCCGAUUCAUGUCAUAAUGAGUGAUCUAAUGGUGUUCCAUAGCAAUGAAUUCGCUUUUCCAAAUCUUCUUCUCAUCAUAAUAUAUGUAUCAAAUUUAACCAUUUGGCCUUCAAUUAUCGUCGCUUGGUUGCCCAUACAAUUGCAUCGAAAUAUCAUACAGAUAAAUCAAACCUUAUACACUCUGUUGGCUAUUGAUGAGAGACAAAAAUUCCGUUUAAUGACAUUUCGAUGUUAUCUUAAGCUACAAACAUAUACACAACGUUUGACAUCUAAAACCAUACAAAUUGGCAUAAAUAUCGGUCCAUUCUGUGUUACCCAUUAUUUAGCUUUAAAGUUCGUUUUGUCUUACAUCAGCUAUUUUAUGUUUAUACAUCAAUUAUUUCAAAAAUCAUAGUUGUUUACAAAGCUUGACGAAACAAUUUUACG